UCGUACGUGCGGUGCGAGCAUUCUGUGGUCCCGAGACACCUCCACAAUCCACAUCGAUCGCACACUACUCUACUUCCCCACAGAUCAGAGCAGGUGCCAGGUAAUACCCCGAACAGCGCGCUUGGGUCUGCUUAACUUUAAUCUCUUGGGUCUCGCGUCUGAGUGCGUGGAAUGGAAGGCAGCCUCGUCGAUUCAGCCGCGGCGAGUUUGUGCGCCACGACGGAGGCGCGCCGCCGCACAGGCCGGAGCGGCCCGAGGUUCUUGAGCUGUUCUUGCUCUUCCAGAGAUGAGCCGGUGACGAGGGCCUGGGCGUCCUACUCCCGCGUCAGUAGGAUGCCGAGGGCGGUGAGAUUGGUGGCGCGCAUAAAAGGAUGGAACGGCAAUGGCCACAGGUGGACGACGGCGCUGGAGGACAGCUCCGUCCUCGAGGCCCGAGAGGACGAGUACGGCGGAAUGGUUGUCGACGCCGACCGGCUGCCGUCCGACAUGGCCGCGUUCGCGCGGUCCCUGUCGGCGUCGCUCUCCUACUGGAAGUUGGUGGGCAAGAAGGGGGUGUGGUUGAAGUUACCGCUGGAUCGCUCCGAGUACAUUCCAUUAGCAGUGAAGGAAGGCUUUAGGUAUCAUCACGCAGAGGAGUCGUAUCUGAUGCUAACGUACUGGAUCCCUGAUGAACCCUGCUUGCUCCCGGCAAAUGCCUCUCACCAGGUUGGAGUUGGGGGCUUCGUGAUCAACGAUCAAAUGGAGGUUCUGGUGGUGCAAGAGAAAUAUUCUGCUUCAGCGUUAGUUGGUGUUUGGAAACUCCCAACGGGAUUCAUUCAUGCGUCAGAAGAGAUUUUCACAGGAGCUGUCAGAGAGGUCAAGGAGGAAACUGGAAUUAACUCUGAAUUUGUGGAGCUGAUUGCUUUUAGGCAUGCACAUAAUGUGGCUUUCCAAAAGUCCGACCUGUUCUUCAUCUGCAUGCUGAGACCACUACCCGGUGAUAUCAAGAUUGAUGAAGUGGAAAUUCAAGCAGCAAAGUGGAUGCCACUCGCGGAGUUCAUCGAGCAGCCGUUCAUCCAGGACGACCACAUGUUCAAGAAGAUCGCCGACAUCUGCAUGCAGCGCCUCCGGGAGCGCUACUGCGGGCUGACGGCGCACAGUGUGAUCUCCAAGUUCGACGGCGGGACGUCCACCUUGUACCACAACGUCGCCGGGCCCGAGCCCGGGGGGUAGCUGCGAUGCUGCCUGACGGAUCGGCUGGUGUGUUCACUUUCUCCUUGAUGAUUCACUCAGGGUGUGCUCCCAAUUAAUCCCCAAAGUCACCGUGAAAUAAAGCAGUUGCUUGCGUCGCCGUCGCAAUCAUCUGUACAUAUACCUGGGCAAGAGAGCACGACGAGCUUGCCACCUCUCCUGUCCUCUAUGUACGUAGAUCAGCCGACGCCGCAAGCCCGUAACUGACUGUCGGUUUAGUUGCCGCGUAGUUUCUCAGGUUCGGCGUGUUACUCAGCAGCGCGAGCUGCUCACCGUCCUCCCUGGCUGCCUAUGAUCUCGCUCGCGCGAGCUGGAGCCCAUCAGCAUGUUCCAUGUUCCAUGUUGCAUUGGAUUGGGCCCGCGCGGAGGCUGUCGUAGCGGCUGGAAGGGCUCACGGAAGGCAGCCGCCAGCAGCGGGCGCCACAUCUGCCGCCGGUCACGGCGCCCGUAUCUCUUUCUCUCGUCAUCCCAUAUGAUCUGUACUUGAUUUUUGAUGGGCCGUACAAAUUUCUUUUUUGCAAAAUGACUUGGUGGGAGAAAAAUGUGCCUUCUGAUAGAAUCGAACAGAUAAGAAUCAGUGUUCUUCACUUAAAAUCUCUCUCCUUUGCGCCCCGCAAGGGCCAAGACUCAUCUCGUUUUGUCCAACGGAAGUCGUCCUGCUCCCGCCGGAAGGGAAAUUUCCAAAAGUGCACGUGAACUCAUGGUUUAUAUCAUCAUUCAUUUGUGUUUAGAUUCGUAUUGAAAGGAUAAAUAAAAAAAUUAUUUACGUAUUAACGAACAUAUGAGUAUUAAGUGAGAGGAUGGACAACUAGAUACGCCGCGCGUGCUUAAAGUCGUUUGCGUAUCUCCCGCUCCAUCUAGCUGACGUGGUCACGACGAGCGCAGCACAACUCAGGAAACGGAAGCAAAGAAGAGUGUAGCUAGCAGUAAGGCUCUAGUUGUGAAUUAAACCAAACAGGAGUUCGUCUCUCAUCUCGCAUACUCUUGUAGAGGGGAGGGAUUUAUUCUCAGCUAGCAUCUGGAAUUAGUUCAAAUUAGAUAAGGGUAUUCACACACGUGCGCUGUAGUGAGGAUUAUAUAAAACAUAUAUGCUUAGAGUAUCCAUACGUGUGCGUGAAUUUAGAUAUGAGUAUGGUUUAAAUGAGUUGUACCCC